CUUGAGACCAGACGUUGGCUCAAGAUGGCGGCAAUUAGCACAGAGCGGUGGUUGAAUGACUUACCAAACCAUAUUAUUUUCCAAAAAAUACGAGGGAAGUUGGAUCCGAAACCCAACGCAAAUGACAGAGGGUUCGCUAAAAACCUCACCUUUUGUUUGGGUGGGGACUUGUUCGUGUGGGACGACACAGACCGCGUGUUUUACACGACCAACUUGCGACAGAUGAACACAGAUGAAAGUCGCAUUAGCGGGAACUAUCAAACCUUGCUGUGCAUCAACCCUCCUCUCUUCGAACUGUGCCAGGUGUUGCUAAGUCCAACUCAGCAACACGUCGCGCUUAUCGGGCAGCGGGGCGUCUCGGUGCUGGAGCUUCCUCAGCGGUGGGGCAAGAGGUCCGAGUUCGAGGGCGGACGGAGCCAAAUCAACUGCAAAACCAUCCCGGUGGCGGAGCGCUUCUUCACCAGCUCGCCGUCCGUGAGUCUGCGGCAGGCCGCUUGGUACCCCAGCGAGACCGACGAGCCCCACCUGGUGUUGCUCACAUCCGACAACACCAUCAGGUUUUAUGGCUUGAAGUCGCCCCAGACGCCGGCGAAAGUCCUGUCGGUAUCCCAGUCGGAGGAUGACAGCAGCGGUCAACCUCCGGUCCGCUCCUACGCAGCGUCUCUUGGUGAGAUAGCCGUGGCGUUCGACUUCGGCCCGGUUUCGUCCCCCCCUCGGCAGCAGGCAGCACAGCGCUCCAGAGAACAGCACGUCUACCCUCUGUACAUCCUCUACGAAAAUGGGGAGACCUAUGUGAGCUACACAAGCCAGACAAAUGGUGUGAGUCUAACAAAGCCCGUCGGACCCCUCCCGAUGUAUCCCGCAGCAGAGGAUAACUAUGGCUAUGAUGCUUGUGCCAUCCUCUGCCUGCCCUGUGCGCCCAGCAUCCUGGUCAUCGCCACAGAAACAGGCACACUGUAUCACUGUGUGGUGCUGGAGUCUGAAGAAGAGGAAGAUGCGGGGGCGGUGGAGAAGUGGAUCCGGGGAACAGAGGCAGUGCCGGCUCUCUAUGUGUUUGAGUGUGUUGAGCUGGAGCUCACCCUCAAAGUAGCCACAGGAGAGGACGAAGAGCCUCAAGAGUUUGAUUUCACCUGCCCAAUCAGACUGCACAGAGACCCCCUGUGCCAGCACAGGUAUCAUUGCACCCACGAAGCAGGCGUGCACAGCGUGGGGCUCAUCUGGGUCAACAAGCUGCAGAAGUUCCUCCAGUCAGGCGAGGAGGAUAAGGACAGUCUCCAAGAGCUAGCUGCUGAGAAGCGCUGUAUUGUGGAGCACAUUCUGUGUACCAGACCACUCCAAUCUAGCCAGUCUGCUCCAGUUUGUGGCUUUCUGAUUGUGUCUGACCUUUCCUUGGGUGCCACCAUGGUCUGCAUCACCAGCACCUACGAGUGCAUCCUGUUGCCGCUGCUGAGCUCCAUCCGCCCUCCCUCCCCUCCCUUGCUCUGUUCCCAUCCGGGUCCAGGGUCCGGCAGCUCCCCCCUGCGCGGGAUGGCCGACGACUCUUUCGAGCAGCACAUCCGCAACAUCCUGGCACGCAGCUCCACCAAUCCUCUCGUGCUGAAGGCCGGGGACAAGGACACGUCACCGCCACCUCCGGAGUGUCUGCAGCUCCUCAGCAGAGCCACGCAGGUUUUCCGCGAGGAGUACAUUCUCAAGCAGGACAUGGCCCGCGAAGAGAUGCAGAGACGGGUGAAACUCCUGACGAGCCAGAAGACCAAGCAGCUGGAAGAGUUGACUCUAUGUCGGGAGGAGAGGAAGAGUCUGAGGGAGGCAGCGGAGAGGCUGGCUGAUAAGUACGAAGACGCAAAGUAUCGCCAGGAAGCCAUUAUGAACAGGGUUAAAAACGUGCUGGGCAGCCUGCAGAGCCAGCUGCCCAUACUGUCAAACAGUGAGAAGGAUAUGAAGAAGGAGCUGCAGAGCAUCAGCGAUCAACUGAAACACCUGAACAACUGCAUCAGACAGGUGACCAUGAAGAUGGAGUACCAGAAGACACAAGUGGACAAGGAUGCACCUGCAGCCAGGACCACAGUGUCCCUCAACGCCCACCAGAAGAAGGUUGUUCAGGAUGUCCUCAGAGAACAGGGACAGCAAAUUGGUGACAUGAUGAAACAGAUCAAAGACAUCAAAAAUCAUUUUAGUUUCUAAUUUGCUGGAGAAAACAGUAAGCAUGUCUUGCAAAAACAUAGGGAACAUAAUUCAAAUGUUGUCAAAUCUGCCUUUUUGUGACGAUGUGAUGAGAAGCUGGAGUUUGUGCCUCAGUCAUGGGCUGUUGGGCCAUGUGUGGAAUGGGUAUUUUGCAUAGAAAGAUAUUUUAUAUUCGGUGAUAUAACUUUACCUUUGAUACUACAUGUUGUUUGUCUCUUAAUAGGGAUACGGUCUGUAUCAACAUGUUGCAUAUUUCUUACAUCACUGUUACUAAAUGUUAACGUUUGAUUGCUUUAUUCCGAGCAGAAUAUGCCAUGGAUAGGCAGGUGCAACGGAAAAUACUUUGAGCUUUUCAACAUGGUUUGCUUACUUUUUGGAUUAAAUAAUAAAAACAAAAUUAAAGCUGUCA